UCACUGUUCUUCACCUGAAGAAGACUGUUCUCAUAACCAAUGACCAGAUAGAACCUAUCACAGAGCAGAGCAGUUUCAGGCUGAUGAUCAUCCAGAAGCUGACUUCCAGCUACCCCUGAACAAGAAGAAACUCCAUCUCUCAAAAGCUAUCGGGGGGCUACUAUGUUGUCCAAACGACAUACUCCAGAAGGCAAGGGAAGAAUCUUUUGAAGACGCCCUGGUCAAUUCUACAUAUCCAUUGCUGACAAGAGAAAACUGAACAUGGAUUUUUCAGCUGCCUAUGAUUUGCUGGUGGAUGGUGUCCAGGACUGGGAUCUUACCGGUGACUCUGUUCCUUGUGAGCUGCUGCUCACUGGUGAGACUGCCUUCCCAGUGCUGGUGAACCCCCGGGGGCAGGUCCUGAUUGCUGCCUCACAGUAUGGGAAAGGCCGGAUGGUGGUCGUCUCUCAUGAGAGCUACCUGGGGAGUCCCAAGAUGGCUCGGUUCCUACAUAAUGCUGUGGGUUGGCUCAGUGCCUCCCCAGGAGCGGUGGUUGGUGUCCAGAAGAGUUUGAGCUCCCUGGUGAACAUUCUCAGUAGUUCCGGCACCCGAGUGCAGCCAAGUACGGAGCUCAUUGCCUCAUUUGGAGUUUACUGUAUGGAUGCCUAUGAUGCUGCACAGGGGAGGGAGCUGAUCCAGUUUGUGAAGAGAGGAGGGGGUCUGCUCAUUGGGGGUCAGGCUUGGCACUGGGCCUAUGGACACAGCACAGAGAGAGUGCUGUUCGAUUUCCCUGGGAAUCAUAUAACCAGCGUGGCAGGAGUUUAUUUCACUGAUGUAUAUGGUGAGACGGGGCUCUUCAGUGUCUCAGAUAAAGUGGCUGCAAUUCCCUUGAUCGCUCCGCAUGGGCUAGAUUUCAGCAGAGACUUAAACCUUCUCCUAAGAGGUGUGUCAGAGCUAGACAUAGUGACAGAUGGUGUGCCCUCUCACCUGCUGGUCCAUGGCACACUGGCCUUCCCCCUUGGCUUGGACAGCGCCUAUCAAUGCUUUCUUGGAGCAGCUCACUAUGGCCGGGGCCGUGUGGUGGUGGCUACACAUGAGGUCCUUCUUAGCACCCCGAAGCUCACAGACUUCAUCCUCAAUGCCAUUCACUGGCUGGGUGCUGAGAAGAGAGGGAGAAUUGGCAUCAAUCCCAAUCUGAAGAACCUUCAUGACCUGCUGACUCAAAGACAGGUGGUGAGCGAGAUCUCAGAGCUUACCGACAAUCUCAGCAUCUACUGCUGCCAGUCCUACAGUGACAAUGAGGCCAAGAAGAUCCAUGAGUUUGUGGCAGAAGGAGGGGGCCUACUGAUUGGAGGUCAGGCUUGGUGGUGGGCUUCUCAGAAUGAGGGCCAAAAUGUUCUGGCUGAAUAUCCUGGCAAUAAAAUCCUCAAUGGGUUCGGGAUCAGCAUUCUGGGGGAAACCAUGGAGGCAGGCAAAUACCCAGUGUUACGACCCGAAGAGCAGUGGGGACAUUACCAUUUCCGCAGGGCACUCGCUCAGUUCCAGCAGCACUUAGACAAGAAGGAGGAACUCCAGCCCCCAGUGACAGGCUGGCUUCAGAAACUGAGCCGGGAUUGUGCCAAAGUCCUUCAGAUCCCAGUCAAAAAUGGCCACAUCUAUGCCUCAUUGUACCACAUCCUAUACGAGAUGGUGCAAAGCAAUGGGAUCCCAUCGGUGAGCAAGGAACACCCAGUCAAGGGGAACUCCAAGAAGGUCGUGCUGCUUCACGUGGCUACAGCAUUAUGCCAAACCAUGUCCGACUGUAAGAGGCUAGCACUCUGUGAACUCCCCACAGUCCCUAGCACCACUGUGGAAAUCAACUGCACAAACUCAGGUGAUGCAGCAUGGAGGAGCACAGGACUUUACCUUCCGCGUGGGAACACAGUGACCUUUAUAUUUCCUAGUACUGUUACUGGAGUUGGCCUGCAGGUGCAGAUUGGGUGUCACUCAGAUGACCUCAGCAGAGCAGAGGAGCUGAAACGCCCCCCUGUGGUGAUACGCAGAUGUGACGUCAAAGAUCAGAAGAUGUCAGUCUCCUCUCUCUGGGGGGGCCUCAUUUACAUCAUAGUGCCAAAGGGAAGCCAGCUGGGGGGAGUGUCGAUCACUGUAAAAGGGGCUGUGCAGGCUCCUUUCUUCAGGCUUGGAAAGACAUCUAAGAGCCAGUGGCUGACUUGCAUCCAUCACUAUCCAGCUCCGUGGGCCGAACUAGCUACCCAAAAUAUCAUCUUAACGGUGCCUGCUGACAGCAUCCGUCCCAUAGACGAUCCAGAGCCUUUGCUGACCCUCUGGGAGCGGAUUAUGGCAGCUGUAGCUGAGCUGGCUGCUACAGGAGCCACGUUCCCUCGGCCAGAAAGGAUUGUAGCAGAUGUUCAGAUCUCAGCCGGCUGGAUGCACGCUGGCUACCCAAUCAUGUGUCAUUUGGAUUCAAUAAAGGAGUUGGUGAACAUGGAACACAUACAAGUGAAUGGUCUUUGGGGUCCCAUGCAUGAGCUGGGACACAACCAGCAGCGGGCAGGCUGGGAAUUCCCCCCUCACACUACUGAGGCCACCUGCAACCUCUGGUCUGUCUAUGUGCAUGAGAAGGUGCUGGGGAUCCCCAGGGACAGAGCCCACGAAGAGCUACAGUUGAAGAACCGCAAGAAGAGAAUCAGCGAUUACCUUGGCAAAGGAGCCCAGCUAAAGGAUUGGAAUGUCUGGACUGCACUGGAGACCUACCUGCAGCUGCAGGAAGCCUUUGGCUGGGAACCUUUCAUCCAACUCUUCUCUGAAUACCAGACAAUGUCUAACAUCCCCACAGACAACCCUUCCAAGAUGAACCUGUGGGCAGAGAAGUUCUCUCGGCAGGUGAAGAAGAAUCUGGCCCCUUUCUUUGUGGCUUGGGGCUGGCCCAUCAAGGGGGAAGUCUCUAAGAAGUUGGCAUCUCUGCCCAACUGGGAUAAGAACCCAAUGAAGAAAGUGUGAUGCUUUAUUCAUAUGGAAUGGUGGCUGUAAU